AUGUCCAAGAGAGGAGCGACAGUUGCCGACCAGGUCGUGAAGCUCAUCGUGGGCGCCGGGCAGGCCAGCCCGAGUCCGCCUGUUGGUCCUGCGCUGGGUAGCAAGGGUGUCAAGUCGAUGGAUUUUUGCAAGGAGUUCAAUGCAAGGACAGCACACAUCAUCACCGGCACGCCGAUGCCUUGUCGAGUCACUGUCCGAGGCGACCGAUCAUUCCACUUUGACAUCCGCACACCUCACACAUCUUGGCUUCUUCUCAACGCCGCCGAGGUGCCGGUCGGCAAGAAGGGCAAGCGGAAGGGCGCAACCAACCCCGGAAAGGAGACGGUCGGCACCGUCAGCUUGAAGCACGUAUACGAGAUCGCCAAGAUCAAGCAGACGGAAAUGCGUCUAUCGGGUCUCAGCCUCGAGGCCAUCUGCCGCUCCGUCAUCUACCAGUGCAAGUCCAUUGGUAUCAACGUCGUGCCAUAG